CUAAAAAGGUGGGGGGUUGAUCGUUGAACUUGCCCUGCCCUCAUUCAGUAUUAGGCGAUGAUAUCAGUUCUACAACAAACAUUUACUGACAACACAGAGGACUGGACUGCUCGUUGACUUUUUGGACCUUCAGCAAUCAUGAUUGCAGCUUUCCUCUUUUUGCUCCUCAUCACAGGAGGAUUUCCGUUGAACUCCACAAAGCCACCAGAGUUGAAUCAACCAACAGCCAGUCAAAGCUCAGAUGACGAGGACAUGUAUGAUAUCUAUUCAGAGGACUACUUCAAUGAAGAUAUGUACAGUCCAACGUUGCACAGCAAUGUAAGACCCUGUAACAAGACCUAUCAGGAUCUAUUGGAGCACCUACAAUGGACAGACAAAAGAAGAGAGAUGUUCACUUUGACCCGGCCUGCCAAGGACCACUCAAAACCCACAGUAAUACUGCUGGAUGUUCUUCUUUAUGCUAUUCUAGAUGUGGAUCAAACCCUGCGUGAAAAGGAACAGACGUUUGUUUCUUAUGUUUGGGUUGACAUGCUGUGGAGAGAUGAAUACAUUGGGUGGAACCGAAGGAACUUCUGUGGUAUUCGAAAGAUUGUUCUCCCUACUAAACUGUUCUGGAAGCCAGAUUUAACCGUUGAAGAGAUGACAGAGAAGGACAAGGCCACCCAGAUUCCUUAUCUCAGGCUAGGAUCCAAUGGGUGGAUCCUACUUAGGAAUGACAUGGUGUUGACCACAACUUGCAGGAUGCAAGUUUACAAAUUCCCCUUCGACACUCAGAGCUGCAGCCUCACCUUCAAGUCUGUCUUACAUGGAGUUGACCAAAUACGGUUUAAACUAUAUGGUGACUCCAAGAGGGCAACAGACAAGACUAAAGAGGUGAUGAAAUCCCAGUCGGACUGGCUUUUCAUCAACAUUACAAUAACCAACCAGACUAUCGUAAAUUUUGACAUCAAACAGAGCGUGGUUGUUGCAACUAUCACCAUGAAGAGGCGAUCCAUACUCUACAUUGUGAACUUCAUAGUACCGGUCCUGUUGUUCUUGUGUCUGGAUUUGGCCUCCUUCAUGAUCUCAGAAAGAGGGGGUGAGAAGCUCAGCUUCAAGGUCACUGUGCUGCUCGCUGUCACAGUGAUGCAACUUAUUCUGAAUGAAAUUCUGCCUUCCUCUUCAGACAGGAUUCCACUUAUAGCAAUUUACUGUAUUGGGGUUUUUGGUUUGAUGCUGAUGAGCCUUCUGGAGACGAUUGUGGUGAUGUAUCUGUUGGAGAAAGACUCUGAACACCAAGACAGUAAGACGGAUGCAGACCAAAGCCUGUGCAGGGACUGCAACGACAAACAAGAAAAAGUCAAAUGCCAGAACUGCUUCAGAGACAUCAAAAAGUGGACUCACUGUCUGUUUCCCUGUGAUGCGUCUCCUGGUGAAAUGCCAUCUGAACUGCUUCCGGUUGCAAAUGAGGCUAGCAGCAGCCAUCUGACAGAGGACUCCUAUAACUCUGAAAAAGAAGGGAUGAAAGCGUUGUCUCUGCCCCUCAGCAGCACGAAGGAAGAAAGACAGACCGGCUACUGGGAGAGAAUGACCAAAAAGAUCAACAGAGUCUUUUUCAUUUUCCAUAUCACAUCUGCCAGUCUGUUUCUAGCCUUCAUGUCGUACAACUGGAUUAAAGAAGACUAAGCCUGGGAACAUGUCGUAGCUCCCAGGAGUUCAGAUGCAACUACUACUAUCCGUCUCUCUAUCAUCAUCUCCCUCUAUCCCUCUUUCCAAUCCCAACUUCAGUCGAGGCAGAUG